AUGCAAAGAGGUUCGUCAAAGGAGGACGAGGACGAGGAGGACGAGGACGAGGAGGACGAGGUGCAGUCGUCAAAGACCUCGUUGUUUCGUAGAGCACACCAUAGUGCGUAUAGUGAGCCAACUGACGUGCAGGCCACAUGCCGUGACCUGCGUGGGGCAAGUCAGGAUGCAGUGUAUGGCAGCAGAUUCCUUCGUCUUCCUUCCUCUUGUCCCGUCUUCAUCCUCCCGCAGAUGCGGCAGUUCAGGUCGCUCUCUCUCUUCUCACAGCACGUAGCGGAGACCUUCCUCGAGUGUCACCAUAAUCACGCACAUGGCGAUGAGCCAGCCCAACGAGCAGCUUGGCCUCGACUCGACUCGGAAGAAGAAGAAGCGACCUGCGGACGGACUUCUCGCGCGAUUUGCAGUGGACGAUUUGCUCAAGUCCUGCGUGGCACGCGUCCCAAUGGACAGAACCGCUGGACGGUCUCGGCUGUCCCGUCUUCCGAGUUGGACCGACCUCGCGCCAUCAUGAUCUCCGAUCCCUUCCCAUGUGAUCGAUCGCAUUUGCCUGAUCUGCCACGCAUGAGUCUCAGUCCGAUUUCUGCCGUCCAUUGGAUCUCUGCAGCAACAAGACCAGCAGAAGUGCGACCGAUUGGGAUCUCGUUAUCCCCUGGCUGUUUCCAAGCAACGGACGCCCACCGACGACAGUACAAUGCACUCAUCCAGAACCGCGUGAAUGCGCUCCUUCAGGAUGAACGGCACUACCUUGAACGAAGAAGUCGCGGGGAACCGAUGCUCGAUCCGAAACAGUGGAAACAAGUCAAGAAGGAGAAGGACUUGACCUUCUACCGCCGACGGACUCAUAGGGGACGACAGUCCCGGGUUGACAUCACCCAAGAAGAAGAAGGAGGAGAAGAAGAAGAACUCCCGGAGAUUCAACGGGCUAUUGAUCGGGGGUACACCACGUUGAUCUGCGACGGAGUUGUCAAAGGAACCAUUGAAGACAUGCUCUACGGCAUGACUGCCUCGUCCCAAGACGACCUCCUCACGGGGUUCUCGUUCCGGAACCCACCUAAAGACUGCGUCUGGCUAGGAACCGUUGAACGGGCGACACCUGCUGAUCCGUUCCACACCGCCGACUUGAUCUGGGCUCUGCCAAAACUGCCUCCCAUCCUGGAUCAAGUCGACGUGUGUUACCUCAAAGCUACGGGCCAAGCACUGGAUCGAGACGGCAGACGCUAUGGCUACGUCGUGCUGCAUAGCGUCCACAUUGCACAGUGUCCUGCUUUCGAAGCUCAUGGCAUCUCGCGCUCGAAAAUGUACUUUACCUGUUUAGUGCGGGAGCCCCAACCUGGCGUGUUGAAAGUCACUGUUCGAGGCAUCUUUGACCUGAGCAAGAAGGUGCGGAUGCUAACCGGCCUCGUGUCAGCUGCUACGACGUCCCUCAUGGUCGGUCUUUUGAACGCUGUUGGCAUUGGGGAAGCCAAGAAACUCACGCUUUUAGCUCAUCGCAAGAAGAGAUCGACAAUCGGUGAUGUCGUUCGGCCUCGGAGACAAUCGGUGUGCUCCUUGUGCUGCAAACGCGAGUCGUUUUUCGGUCGCGUUCAUCUCUUCAGAGCUCACUUGUCAACGUGCUAUAUCUGUGAAGCCACGGUUUGCUCCAAUUGUACACGGGGUAAGAACCAGCGGAUCUUCUUAGGAGUUACCCGUCCCUGCUCGAAGGUUGACUGCUGUCCGAAUUGCGUGCAAGCUGCAGUGACAAUGAUCCACGUCCAGCCGUCGGAACCCGAGUUUCAAGUUGUAGCGGAGUACUACCUGAACCAGCCAUCUUCAUCUUCAUCCGAGCUGGACGCGCUGUUUUCUUUCAACGGCAUGAAAACCAACGCGUCCUCGACUCUCCCGACGAACUCGACGUCAGUUGAAAGCUUGGGCGAGUACACGCUCGAGUUCGAAGACGAUCCGUUUUCAGUGGCGCUAGAUCUACCGGAACUUCGUCGGAGCUCUGGAGACAGUGAGGACAACAAUCUUGAGCUUGAAGUGGACACGGACGAGGUGGAUUCAGGUCCUGAAGCAGAGGCAGGAUCGAUUGAAAGCUCCAUUACGGUCUGGUUAGGAGGUCGACAUCGUAUCAGUAUCGACGACGAAGAUUUCAUCCCGCAAACAGCUCCUGACACUAUGUACUCGGACAGGUUAUACGCCAAUGCUCGACUUGCUGAGCGGGUUGACCAGAGACUUCUGGAAUUGAACAUCCGAGUGGAACGCCCGUACGCCCAGACACAAGAAGUGACGCUAUUGAGACAAGGGGGAGGAGGGUAA